AUUAUUCAAUAUGGUGGUAAAUGUUAUCAACGAAUGUAAUAUUUUAUAUUUCCAUUGUAUUUCUUUUCUGAAGUUUGUGAUAAAGAUAAAAUAUGAUACUGAAAUAUAGCCAAGGCCAAAGGUAUCUUCUAAAGUGAUUUGUUUUGUUUAAACAUAAAACCGAGGUCGCAAAUAAAAUUAAAUUGAAUAAUACAGACGUAAAACAAGAAGCUAGUCUUCAGUAAUAAUAAUAGUGAGCAAACUUUGAUAAAAUGGAAACAGAUAUUAAGAUUGAGGCCUAUGAAAGUCCUUUGGAUGUUUUCAAAAUCGAAAUCAAGGAAGAACCUAAAACAGAAAGGGCACAGGACGCUUUUGAUUAUUUAGACUCCAAUGCUGUAAAUAAUACUGAACUAGAACAAGAUGAAUUUAAAUUUAAACCAUUUGACAAAGAGCAAAUAAAAAAUGAAGAAGGAUAUCUCCAAGAGGAAAACAAAAUGCUAAUUAUGGAGACACUAGUUGAACAUUCGCCUUCCGAAGAAAAUUAUAUGAGUCGACAUGCUGAAGGAAAAACAUCAAAUGAAGGAUAUCUCCAAGAGGAAAACAAAAUGCAAAUUAUGGAGACACUAGUUGAACAUUCGCCUUCCGAAGAAAAUUAUACGAGUCGAUAUGCUGAAGGAAAAACAUCAAAUGAAGGUUAUCUCCAAGAGGAAAACAAAAUGCAAAUGAAUGAGACACUAGUUGAACAUUCGUCUUCCGAAGAAAAUGAUAUGAGUCGACAUGCUGAAGGAAAAACAUUAAAUGAAAAUAUGGAAGUGGUGACUGAAAUAAAACCUUACAAGUGCGAAAUUUGUUUAAAACGGUUUAUUUAUACAAGUGUAUUGAAAAUACAUUUGAGAGUGCAUUUUGGAGAAAAACCUUACAAGUGCGAAACUUGUUUAAAACAGUUUAGUACUAGAGGUAAUCUGACACAACAUUUAAGAUUGCACACUGGCGAAAAACCUUACAAGUGUGAAAUUUGUUUUAAACAUUUUAGUGCAGCAGGUAAAUUGAAAAGACAUUUGAGAGUGCAUACUGGUGAAAAUCCUUACAAGUGUGAAAUUUGUUUUAAACAUUUUAGGGAAGCAGAUAGAUUGAAAACACAUUUGAGAGUGCACACUGGGGAAAAACCUCACAAGUGUGAAAUUUGUUUAAAACAGUUUGGUACUAGAGGUAAUCUGACACAACAUUUAAGAGUGCACGCUGGCGAAAAACCUUACAAGUGCGAAAUUUGUUUUAAACAAUUUAGGGACGCAGAUAUAUUGAAAAGACAUUUGAGACUGCAUACUGGAGAAAAACCUUACAAGUGCGAAACUUGUUUAAAGCAGUUUAGUACUAGAGGUAAUCUGACACAACAUUUAAGAGUGCACGCUGGCGAAAAACCUUACAAGUGCGAAAUUUGUUUUAAACAAUUUAGGGACGCAUAUAUAUUGAAAAGACAUUUGAGACUGCAUACUGGAGAAAAACCUUACAAGUGCGAAAUUUGUUUAAAGCAGUUUAGUAGUAGAGGUAAUCUGACACAACAUUUAAGAGUGCACGCUGGCGGCGAAGAACCUUAUACGUGUGAAAUUUGUUUUAAACAAUUUAGGGACGCAGAUAUAUUGAAAAGACAUUUGAGACUGCAUACUGGAGAAAAACCUUACAAGUGCGAAACUUGUUUAAAGCAGUUUAGUACUAGAGGUAAUCUGACACAACAUUUAAGUUUGCACACUGGCGAAAAAUCUUACAAGUGUGAAAUUUGUUUUAAAAAAUUUAGGGAAGGAAGUAAACUGAAAAGACAUUUGAGAGUGCAUACUGGUGAAAAUCCUUACAAGUGUGAAAUUUGUUUUAAACAUUUUAGGGAAGCAGGUUCAUUGAAAAGACAUUUGAGAGUGCACACUGGGGAAAAACCUUACAAGUGUGAAAUUUGUUUUAAACAAUUUAGUCGAGCAUGUCAUUUGAAAGGACAUUUGAGAGUGCACACUGGAGAAAAACCUUAUACAUGUGAAAUUUGUUUUAAACAAUUUAAUCAAAGUAGUACUUUAAAAACACAUUUAACAAUACACACGCGAAAAAAACCUUAGGCCCGACUGUACAUUGGUGGCUUAAGCCAUCGCUUAGUUGAAUCGGGUUCAAUUUUGAGGGUCGGUUUAAUAGGCUAUUGAAUAUGUUCAAAAUAAGAGAGCUAAAAGGAACUACAACGUUAACGGGAUUUUAUUGUCUCAUAUGGUCAAUGGACCUCAAAAUUUGAAAAAACCACGGAGUGCUACCAUUUAAAUGGGUGCGUUUUUGAGAAAGGGGUGAAUUAGUCCCUAGGCACGGGGUGAAUUAGGGU